GGUUUCAGUCCUGGCCCUGCACAGGGCCCCCAGGGCCUGCUGGGCUGGGACACCCACCCGCACGGACACCCGUGGGCAGGGGCACCCACCCGCAAGGACAUCACCGCUGGGAAUGCCACCAGUACAGGGACACCACCAGUACAGGGACACCACCGGCUCUCCCUUGUGCAGCGCUCUGAGGCUCCUCCCGAGGCUUCACCAACACCCGUCCCCACAAAGCCAGGGGUGCAAUGGACCUGAGGACGAUCCCGCGGCUGCGCUGGACAUGGCUGUGCCUCGGGGCCCUGCUGGCAGCCCCCUGGGUGAGUGGGGACCCUGCAGUGCAGCACCCCCAUCCCGCUGCCUUUGGUGCCGGUUCCUUGCCAGCCUGCUGCUUUCACUUUUACUUCUGUGCUUUGCCACCACUGUCCCCGUGCCAGGGCUCGCGGUGGGGUGGGCAUCUCCUCGGCCUCGCAGGCGAAGGAAGAGUUUCUGCCCUGAGCCAUGCAGGUGUUGCUCGCCCUCCCGCUGCUUGCCUCUGCAAAGGCGGGGACCCCCCAGUUCCUGAUGGACAUGAGCCGCGACGCCUUUGAUGACCAGUACGAGGGGUGCACGGAGGCGAUGGAGGCAGCGGGGCCGGCGCUGCUGGAGCAGGAGCAGGCACGGGGCAGGUCCAGGCUCUUUGGCAGGGUCUGGGCACGCGCCGGGGAGCGGUGGCAGCAGGUGAAGGGCUCGCUGGCUGCCCGCCUGCCCCCCGGCUUCAAGGAUGAGUACGGCCAGGCCGUGAUCGCGUACACGGACAACAGCCUGCACUACUUCUUCAACACAGCCAUGCGGGCGGCCGGGCGGUCACGGGCCACCUACAACGCCAGCUUCCCCUUCAAGGCGCUGCACUUCUACCUGACCAGAGCCCUGCAGCUGCUGCGGGGGCCCUGCGAGGCCACCUACAGGACACCGGUGUACCGGGGCAUCGCCCACACCCGCUACCAGCUGCAGGGCGCCAGCCCCUUCAGGUUCGGCUCCUUCGCCUCCUCCUCCUUCAGGAGGGAGCAGGCAGAGAGCUUUGGGCAGGACACGUUCCUCAGCAUCCGCAGCUGCUUUGGGGUCCCCAUCCACGCCUUCUCCUUGUACACGGAGGAGGAGGAGGUGCUGAUCCCUGGCCAUGAGAUCUUCUGGGUCUUCCCGGACAAGGGCAGUCACCGCUUUGUCCUGCGGAGCGCCAACAGGACCUGCAGCCACUUCAACUGCGCCUUCCUGGGGUACGAGAAGAGCCUGGAGUGCAGGGGCAGCACAGCUGGUCCCAGGCACAGAGAGGAGCUGUGAAGGGCAGCGCCCAGCUGGCGGCCCCGAGGAGAAAAGCCAGCGGCCAUGCAGAGAACGCCUCACCCGCAGUCUGUGGCAGAGCAACCAGGGGCAGUGCACAAGCGGUGUGUGGAGUCCAGCUAGACCCUGUGGCAGAGCAGCCCGGCACGCUGCCUGUGCUGUGCCAUGCCGUGCCGUGCCGUGACAUCGUGGGGACAGCAGCAGUGCCCCCUUGUUGGCCGGGGGAUGCUGCUGCUCUAGGUGGGGAGGACAGUGUCUGGCCAAGGCCUCGCACUGGAGACUCCUCCUCAUCUCACCACCGCCUCAUGCACCUUUGGGCCCAGUGUCACGUGCCAGGGCUGGUCUGCUGGGGCUCACCCCGGAACGUGCUCACAGCAGGGCUCGGCAGCACCCGGCACCAAGCAGCACCCAGCCCCCAGGACAGGGGAAGGUUUCUACCACUUCCCCAUUAUUUCAUGUUUCUCCAGCUUCAAAAUUUUUAGCAACUUCUCAGCCAGACAAGGCUUGCACCCUCACCUGGACCCAGCCCCAAAACCUCCACAGGCGGUUCCACGUCUCAUGAACUGCUGGCAACGAAUGCUCAGACCCGGGCAGGGAUUUGACUACUUGUAGUGGGUUUAUAUGGCAAAGUUUUGGUAGUGGGGGGGCAUAGGGGUGGCUUCUGGGAGUAGAAUCCAGAAGCUGCCCCACGUUAGAUAAAGGCCCAACUGCUGGCCAGAGCCAGUCCAAUAAGUGAUGUUGUUUGUGCCUCUGUGAGACCACAUUUAAGAAAAGGAAAACAAAACAAAACAAAACAAAACAAACAAACAAAAAAGAAAAAAAACAAAACCACAAGCUCCUGGGGAACAGCAGCUGGGAGAGAGAAGCAGCCCUGCAGCCCCCAAGAUGAGUGCAGCAGGAGGGCAGGAGGUACUCCAGGCACGCAGCAGCAGUUCCCCUGCGGCCUGUGGAGAGGCCCCUGGCGGAGCAGGCUGUCCCCCUGCACCCAUGGGUCCCACACGGAGCAGAUCUCCACGCUGCAGCCCCCCCGUGGAGGAGCCCCCGGUGGAGCAGGUGGAUGUGGCCUGGAGGAGGCUGCGGCCCAUGGAGAGCCCCCCCAGGAGCAGGCCCCGGGCCGGAGCUGCAGCCCGUGGAGAGGAGCCCACGCAGGAGCAGGGGUCUGGAGGGAGCUGCCGCCCAUGGGGGACCCGUGCUGGAGCAGUUUGCUCCUGGGGGAUGGAUGGACCCCGUGGUAUGGAGCCGUGUGGGAGCAGUUCUUGAGGAGCUGCUGCCUGUGGGCAGCCCCCGCAGGCUCAGCUCGGGAAGGACGGCUCCUGUGGGAGGGACCCCAUGGGGAGCAGGGGCAGAGAGGGACCG